AUGUCUGAAGUGAGCAGCCAGCUGCCUGAAAAUCCCAUCUCUGCAGUCGGAGUAGUCUCUUCAGUCAGCAAGGUCCCUGAGAACUACUAUGUUGUUGCACAAACAACAGAUGGCUCUGACGCCGACCUGUGGAAGGACGGCUUAUUCAAAUCCAAGGUCACCCGCUACCUCUGUUUCACCAGAAAAACUGGGCCUGACGUCGUUGUGGACAUGAAACUGACUGACAUUAAGGACCCGUUGCCAGAGUCCUUCAUACCUGUGCAAGAAACAAUAGACACAAAGGAAGCUGCCAUGAGGAAGAGGAGGCUCUGUGUGAAAAUGAGCCCCCGUGAGGCUGCCGAGACAGCCAUAUAUGACAUCCAGAUCGUAGCGAAGUCCAAGUACCAUCUUGUUAACUACACCUGUAUGGGUGAGAUGAACAAUAUGGGAAUAUGGUAUCGGAUGGGAAAUGUUUCUCAGCAUCAGUCGUCCGAGAAAACUUCCAGCUCAGUGCAAAGUGACGCCCUGCCCAACACAGCAAGGAGAACCAUGAGCAGGCCAGACUGUGAGAAACAGAGCAGUGGGAUCUACACAAUUUCAGCUCUGGAUGAUGUGCCCUUUGUGGUCUCUGACAAGUUUCUUGAAGGCCCCAAAGAGAUGCAGCAAGUCAAUUUAAUGGGCAUUACGAUCAAAUCCCUGGCAGAGAUCGAGGAGGAAUUUCAGUACAACUUCAGCACAGAGCGAAGCGUCGCUCGCUAACUUCUCAUGUGGGCCUCUCACGCUGCAAGAGCCACAACGACAGGAAACAGUACAAAUUGACAGAAGGAUCGUUUGUAAAAUAAUGAAAUGAAGUGAAAGUGCAGGAUGUACUAUUAAUUAUUUAUUGUGUAAUUUUGAACAAACUAUUUUACCUCUAUGGGUUCUAUAUAAAAAAUACAGUAUUUGAAAAAUGUGUGUUCAUGCACAACUGUACAACUCAUUAAAUUUUAGAAAUG